AUGAUGAGCGAGGAGAUCUCUAUCACACCUAGCGCCGCCCUUGCUGCCUCCGUACCUGUGCCCCCGCUUCCCCCACAGAUACCCGGGGAGGAGGCGGACGCAGAGCUUUGUCCCGGCACGGAGAACAAGCUGAGCACUCUGUCCGACCUGGAACAGCAGUACCGCACCCUGAAGAAGCUCUACGAGAACUGUGAGGUCGUCAUGGGCAACCUGGAGAUCACCAGCAUCGAUCGGAACCGCAACCUCUCCUUCCUCAAGUCAAUCAGAGAGGUGACCGGCUACGUGUUGGUGGCUCUCAACCAGUUCGACUACCUGCCGCUGGAGAACCUGCGGAUCGUCCGGGGAACCAAGCUGUACGAGGGUCGCUACUCUCUGGCCAUCUUCCUCAACUACAGGCGGGACGGCUACUACGGCCUGAGGCAGCUGGGCCUGCGCAACCUCACAGAGAUACUGAACGGCGGUGUGUACGUCGACCAGAACAAAUUCCUGUGCCAUGCGGACACCAUCCAUUGGCGUGACAUUAUCAAGAACCCCCAGGCCGAGCUGCUGGUGGUACCAUCCAACAACAGCAACCUCGGAUGCCGACGCUGUCAUCGCUCAUGUAACGGACGCUGCUGGGGCCAUCAGGAAGACCAGUGUCAAACCUUGACGAAGACGGUGUGUGCGGAGCAGUGUGACGGUCGAUGCUUCGGGCCUUACGUCAGCGACUGCUGCCAUCGCGAGUGUGCCGGCGGCUGCUCGGGCCCCAAGGACACGGACUGCUUCGCCUGCACCAAUUUCAACGACAGCGGCGCGUGCGUGACCCAGUGCCCUCAGCCGUUCGUGUACAACCCCACGUCUUUCCAGCUGGAGCACAACCCCAGAGCCAAGUACACCUACGGAGCCUUUUGUGUCAAGAAAUGCCCACAUAAUUUCGUGGUGGACCACAGCUCCUGCGUCCGAGCGUGUCCCAGCAACAAGAUGGAGGUGGAGGAGAACCGCAUCAAGAUGUGCAUCCCCUGCACCGACGUCUGCCCGAAAGUGUGCGACGGCAUCGGGACGGGCAGCCUGCAGACGGCUCAGACUGUGGAUGCCAGCAAUAUUGAUAAGUUUGUCAACUGCACCAAAAUCAACGGCAACCUCAUCUUCCUCAUCACGGGCAUCAAAGGGGACAUGUACCACGGUAUUGGACCCCUGGACCCUGAACGCCUCAACGUGUUCCGCACCGUGAAAGAGAUCACAGGUUUCCUGAACAUCCAGUCUUGGCCUCAGAACAUGACAGAUCUGAGUGUUUUUUCCAGCCUGGCGACCAUCGGAGGAAGAUCUCUCUACAGCGGAAGCGGUAUUUCGCUGUUGAUCCUGAAGCAGCUCUGGAUCUCCUCGCUCCAGUUCCAGUCGCUGGACGAGAUCAGCGCGGGGAACGUCUACAUCUUCAACAACAGCCGCCUGUGCUUCUACAACACCGUCAACUGGACGUCGCUCUUCAGGACCCCGAGCCAGAAAGUCCACAUCCGCAACAACCGCGAUCCGAAGGAAUGCAGUCAGCAGCAAAUGGUGUGUGAUGAGAUGUGCUCAGACGACGGGUGCUGGGGCCCGGGGUCCGACCAGUGUCUUUCCUGCCGAUAUUUCAGACGAGGUCGCGCCUGCGUGGAGUCCUGCAACCUUUUCGACGGGGAAAUGCGUGAAUUUUCCAAUGGAUCUGUGUGCCUGGAGUGUGAUAGCCAGUGUGAGAAGAUGGAUGGGAACACCAUGUCGUGCUUUGGCCAGGGCCCGGACCAAUGUGUGAAAUGCCUCCACUUCAAAGACGGACCCAACUGCGUGGAGAAAUGCCCCGACGGGUUGCAGGGGGCCAACAGUUUCAUCUUCAAGUACGCCAAGGCCAACAACGAGUGUCACCCCUGCCAUGCCAACUGCACCCAGGGGUGCGUCGGGCCGAGACUCCCAGAUUGUGUCGGGAUGAUGGACAGGACACCGCUAAUAGCAGCGGGCAUUAUCGGCGGCCUGUUCAUCAUCGUCAUCCUGGCGCUCAGCGUGGCCGUUUCUGUCCGCCGCAAGAGCAUCAAGAAGAAGAGGGCCUUGCGGCGCUUCCUGGAGACGGAGCUGGUGGAGCCCCUGACCCCGAGCGGGACGGCCCCUAACCAGGCGCAGCUGCGCAUCCUCAAAGAGACGGAGCUGAAGAGGGUCAAGAUUCUGGGUUCUGGAGCUUUUGGAACCGUCUACAAGGGCAUCUGGGUCCCGGAAGGUGAGACGGUGAAGAUCCCCGUGGCCAUUAAAAUCCUCAACGAGACCACGGGCCCCAAAGCCAACGUGGAGUUCAUGGACGAGGCCCUGAUCAUGGCCAGCAUGGAGCACCCCCACCUGGUGCGUCUGCUGGGCGUCUGCCUGAGCCCCACCAUCCAGCUGGUCACCCAGCUCAUGCCCCACGGCUGCCUCCUCGACUACGUGCACGAGCACAAGGACAACAUCGGGUCGCAGCUGCUGCUCAACUGGUGUGUCCAGAUCGCCAAGGGGAUGAUGUACCUGGAGGAGAGGAGGCUGGUCCACAGGGACCUGGCGGCCCGCAACGUGCUGGUGAAGUCGCCCAAUCACAUCAAGAUCACCGACUUCGGCCUGGCGCGGCUGCUGGACGCCGACGAGAAGGAGUACAACGCAGACGGGGGCAAGAUGCCCAUUAAAUGGAUGGCUCUGGAAUGCAUCCACUACAGGAAGUUCACCCAUCAGAGUGACGUGUGGAGUUACGGAGUGACCAUCUGGGAGCUCAUGACAUUCGGAGGCAAACCGUACGACGGCAGCCCCACGCGAGAAAUCCCAGACAUCCUGGAGAAAGGGGAGCGUCUGCCACAGCCGCCCAUUUGCACCAUCGAUGUCUACAUGGUCAUGGUCAAAUGCUGGAUGAUUGACGCAGACAGCAGGCCGAAGUUCAAGGAGCUGGCCGCUGAGUUCUGCAGGAUGGCCCGGGACCCCCAGCGAUACCUGGUCAUCCAGGGAGACGACCGCAUGAAGCUCCCCAGCCCAAAUGACAGCAAGUUCUUCCAGAGCCUUCUGGACGAGGAGGACCUGAACGACCUGACGGAUGCUGACGAGUAUCUGGUGCCUCGGGGGUUCAACGCGGCCCCUCCGUCAUACACCACCAGGCCUCGCGUCGACUCCAACCGAAACCAGUUCGGCUAUCGAGACGGCGGUCCGAGCCCCGCGGAGGCCUCCGUGGUGGGUGCCCAAGCCUGCGUGAGCCCGGAAGCCGCGGGGGGUCCGGCUCCGGCCCUGGAGGACCAGCGCUGCAACGGGAGCCUGCACAAGAAGAGCCUGAGCCAGGCUGGAGGAGAGGACAGCGGGGGCCAGAGGUACAGCGCCGACCCCACCAUCUUCUUGGGGGAGAGGGCGCCCAGAGGGGACACUGACGAGGACGGAUACAUGACGCCCAUGAAGGACAAGACCUCCUCAGAAUAUCUGAAUCCAAUUGAGGAGAACCCGUUUGUCUCGCGACGUAAGAAUGGCGAGAUCCACGCCUUGGAUAACCCGGGCUACCACAGCACACCCAACAGCCAGCCCAAAGGAGAGGAUGAGUACAUCAACGAGCCGCUGUACCUCAACACCUUCCACAGCCCCGCCGAGCUGGGCCUGGAAGCCCUGAGGAGAAAUGGUCUGCCCCUACCCACCCACGCCCCUUCUUCCAUCCCGUCUUUAGGCUCCCAUCUCCCGCUUACCAUCCAGACCAGCCUGCCCCACUACCCCCUCCCCACUGGCCAGCCCUCUCCAUCUGGCAUGCCUUGCCACCACGGCCCGCCGACCCACAUCCUCCACGGCCACCACACCAUCAAUCCGGGCGGCGCCUCCGCCAGCCAGAGCCAAACAGGAACUACCGGCCAAGCCCAGGCGUGCCAGUCCGGUGCGCUCUCCACCUCGGCGACCAUUGGGCACGGCGGGCUGCCGGCCUACCAGAUCCACGCCACCGCGCACCACGCCGGCAUGCUGAAGCACGGACUGAUGGCGGGCAAAAUCAGCGGGAAGAAGCUGAAGGUGACCUUUGACAAUCCAGAAUACUGGCAGCACAGCUUGCCUCCCAAAUCGUCAAACCCGACGGCGCACGAGGGCGCCCAGGGCGGUUCCGCCAAUGCCAAGCUCUUCUAUAAACAGAACGGACACAUACGGCCGGCGGUGGCUGAAAACCCCGAAUACAUGUCAGAGUUUUCCUUGAAAUCUGGCACCGUCUUGCCGCCUCCACCCUACCGGCAGCGGAACACUGUGGUCUAA